AUGCCGGACGGACAGUCUACCCUAACAGGCAUCGACCGCAAUGUGUACUACACCAGGGUAUCGGAAGCCUUGAAUCCCGAAUGGGCCGCAUCGGGCGACAGCGCAGUCGAAUACGAAACCACUCCUGCUAAGCAGCCGCCAACCGAAACAGUGUUCCUCGUUCCGCGAGGUCAUGCGGGAACGUGGUCGUUUUGGCCGGUGACCGUAAGUGUCGGCCUCCUAAUAUUCAUAACACUUUUCGGUAAUGGGCUAGUGAUGGCUUCCGUCAUUUACAAUAAGAACUUGCGACAAGCUCACCAUCGACUUCAGCUUUCACUAGCCGUCUGUGAUUUCUUAGUCGGCUUAGUCGUUGUUCCUCUUGCUGCGUACGCCGAGUUAUCCGGUUUUUGGGACCUCGGCCAGUGGACGUGCUUCGGAUUCACGUUCUGCGAUGUGCUCCUGUGCACUUCUUCCAUUCUACAUCUUGUUGCGAUAGCAGUAGACCGUUAUCUCUCGGUAUCCAGAAUAAACUAUGCCCGCAGUCGACCAACAUGGGCGAUAUCGUGUAUGAUAUACGUGGUGUGGGUCACGAGCGCGAUAAUUGCGGUGACGCCUUUCGUUGUUGCGCAAGAUCCAGAUUUCGACGCGCGCAUGGCGGAUGGAAUGUGCUUGGUGUCUCAGCUGCCCUGGUAUCAGAUCUUCGCUUCGAUGUCCUCGUUCUACGUUCCCAUAGUGACCGUCAUGGCUCUUUACUAUCGCAUUUUUCACGUGAGUCGAAAACGCCUCCGCCAUGCACUGUGGAAGGGGAAUCUCGUGAGUCCGCUCUGGGAGAAAAUCGCUCUCUGGCUGGGAUAUAUGAACUCGGCUGUCAAUCCAAUCAUCUACACUAUCUUCAGCCCCGAGUAUCGAAAAGCUUUCUGCGAAAUUUACCUGGCCAUAAAAGGUUCCCCGGGCUGA